AUGAUCGAAACUCCGAGUAACUCGCAUUCUUGGUUUGAAUGGAUACAACUUAUUGCCACUAUUUGCGUUCCUGUAGCCAUCGGUAUUUUUACCAUCAUACAAAAUCAGUCACAAAGUGAACAGCAACGAAAUAAUUUGAAAAUAGCUGCGGAAAAUCGUUUGAAAGAUAUAGAAAUCGCAGAUUAUAAUCGGGGAAAAGAUCGAUGGCUUGCUGAUGAUCAACAGAAGGAAAAUAUUCUUGUUGAUUAUCAAAAUUUUCUUGCUAAUCUACUCGAAAAGCAUGGCAUGACAUUGAAUGGAACGUCGACAGCGCGGUUCGUAGCUCGCUUCAGAACAUUGAUAGCACUUAAUCAGUUGAAUUCGGCACGGCGUUCUUUUCUUAUUCGUUCAUUGUAUGAGGCACAGCUGAUUUCAUUUCGAACUAUUCAAACAAAUAAUACCAUGACGGAAUUUGAAUCCGUUGACACUCCACGAAGUAUUGUUGACUUGUCUUCAGCAAACUUAUCCGGUUUGUCUCUAGGUAUCAAUGAAGAUGAUAACGAUGAGUGUCCUCGUGAAUGUAUUCCUGGUGUGAGGAUCGACGCGCUUGUACUGUCACAGACUCAAUUAAAAAAUGCAUUCUUUCGAAAACUUUAUUUUCAAGGGGCUUUAUUCGUGAAAUCUAUUAUGGAUAGUGUUGAUUUCAGAUGUGCAUAUCUCAAUGGAACUAAUGAUUAUCUUACAUUUGCAAAUUCAUUAUUAAUUCAUGCAAAAUUUCAUAAAGCAUGUGCGCAAGACGUUUCUUUUCAGUCGGUUAAUUUGUACAAAGCUCAGAUGCAUGGUAUGGUAUGCAGACAUUGUAUAUUUCGAUGUGCCCAAAUAAAUCAUGCAGAUUUACACGAUGUUUUCUUCUACCGAGAAGAUGUGAACAAAGAUAAAUUGCAUGACGAAUAUGAAAAUAUUAAUUUUACAGAAACGUCCCUUAUCGGUGCAACAUUCGAUCAUCUUUCUUUACGUGGCACACUUUUCAUCGGAACGAAUUUGUCUCGCAUACGUAUUAUAAAUUGUGUGUUUUCUCGAGAUUCUGUUCAAUAUGCGGCAGCAACUUUCGAAAAAUCUACUCUGAUCAAUGCCACUAUUGAAAAUUCAUCAUUUGAUUAUGUUCAUUUUAUUGAUAGUAACUUAAGUGGAGCAAAGAUUUUCAUGUCGAAUUUUACCCAUGCAUCUAUGAAAAAUAUUGAUUUGACAGGUGCAACAUUGGAGAUGUGUAAUUUUAGUAGUACCAAUCUUGCUGGUUGCAUCAUGACUAAUGCGAACAUUCAUUUGUCUUACUUUGUUGACAGUGAUCUGACUGGAUGUCAAGGAAUAACGGAUGUACAACUGGCGCAAGCUAAAAGUAUUGCUGGUGCAAUUUUACCGAAUGGAAGCAAGAUCUCAUCAAUAUAA